CGAGUCACGUAGCCUGCACUUUGGCGGUUGGCGUGGUGGUGAGCAGACCUGUUCUACUCUCGGUGAGGAAAGCGGGACCCUGUGAGGGACAAAAGAGGUGGGCGAGGAGGCCAGGAUUGAGCUAGGACUCAAGGAACUGAGCCGGGAGGUGAAGGGCGGACUUGGUAGCGGCGACAGCUUUUAGCUGUCGCAGCUGUUGCGAGGCGGCGUCUUCUUCAGUGAGGUGGUUGGUUGACUAGGCCUCGGCAGCCAUGGCUGUGAACUUUAGGGACCAUGCCAGUGGCUUUCGCCACACCAAUGUAAUCAGGUUCAUCAACAAUGAGAUCAUCAUGAACGGGGGUGGCCCUGAAUUCUACGUGGCCUUCCGCUCGCGACCCUGGAAUGAGGUAGAGGAUCAGCUACAAAUCGUGGUUGCUGACCCGCGGGUGCCCCGCGCCAUCAAGAGGGCCUGUGCCUGGAGUGCGCUGGCGUUGAGCGUGCGUGUGGGCGCAAGGCAGUGGGAGCAGCAGGCGCACCGUAUCAGGCGGCUCCAGGAGCAGGUGAGGGAGCGUGAGGCGGCUUCCUGGGCCCUGGCCAACGAGCUGAAGCACCUCCGUGAGGAGCGUGAGGAGGCGGCAGUGCAUCUACGAGGCACACGGGCUGCCCUGAAGCAGGUGAUGGAUGAGCGAGAUAUGUUGCGCGGGCGACUGCUCCAGCUUGAGAGAUCGGCCCAGCUAGCACCUGUGGCACAUGAAAUGCUGCCUGGGCCUGGAGCUGAGCAGCUUGGAGCUACAGCAUGGCCCAUGAAUGUACCAGAGCACAGCAAGAUGGUGGCUCUGGGAGCACAGGGCAUGCCACAUUCAGAGAGUCAGAUGGCAGCCCCGGCAGCUGUGGUUUAUGUCCCGGGACCCCAGAGCUCCUUUGCCCAGGCAAUGCAACCCCUUCCACCAAUGCCGGUGCCACAUCCAUUGCCAUUCCCAACGGGAUUCCCAUAUGUGACACCUUUACCACCUUCAGCAGUUAUGGAAGGGGGAGCAGUCACAGCAGCAGCAGUACCAGUAGCAGUCGCACCCCAGGUGCCUCCUCUGGGGAUCUACCCACCUGGUCAGUGGGCUGCAGUGGGGGCCCAGCAAGAGAUGGCCCCACCAUAUGACCAGAGUUUCUAUGCCCAGGAAUAUUCUGACAACCUCCAGGGGCAAUAUGCCCAGGAGACCUGCAGAAGCCACACCCAAGAGGAAGGUGCUAUGUGUCCCCAGGCGAUGUGCCCCCUGGUGGACAGCAGAAGCUACAGCCAAGAGGAAGGUGCUGUGUGUCCCCAGGCGAUGUCUUCCCUGGGAGACAGCAGAAGCCACAGCCGAGAGGAAGGUUCUGUGUGUUCCCAGGGGAUGUCUUCCCUGGGGGGCAGCAGAAGCCAGAGCCGAGAGGAAGGUGCUGUGUGUCCCCAGGGGAUGUCCUCCAUGGGGGUCAGCAGAAGCCACAGCCGAGAGGAAGAUGGUGUGUGUCCCCAGGGGAUGUCCUCCGUGAGGGUCAGCAGAAGCCACAGUGGAGAGGAAGGUGCUGUGUGUCCCCAGGUGAUGUCUUCCCUGGGAGACAGCAGAAGCCACAGCCGAGAGGAAGAUGCUAUGUGUCUCCAGGAGAUGUCUUCCCUGGGAGACAGCAGAAGCCACAGCCGAGAGGAAGGUUCUGUGUGUCCCCAGGGGAUGUCUUCCCUGGGGGGCAGCAGAAGCCAGAGCCGAGAGGAAGGUGCUGUGUGUCCCCAGGCGAUGUCUUCCCUGGGAGACAGCAGAAGCCACAGCCGAGAGGAAGAUGGUGUGUGUCCCCAGGAGAUGUCCUUCGUGGGGGUUAGCAGAAGCCAGAGCCAAGAGGAAGGUUCUGUGUGUCCCCAGGGGAUGUCCUCUGUGAGGGUCAGCAGAAGCCACAGUGGAGAGGAAGGUGUUGUGUGUCCCCAGGUGAUGUCUUCCCUGGGAGACAGCAGAAGCCACAGCCGAGAGGAAGGUUCUGUGUGUCCCCAAGGGAUGUCCUCCGUGAGGGUCAGCAAAAGCCACAGCCGAGAGGAAGGUGCUGUGUGUCCCCAGGCGAUGUCUUCCAUGGGGGUCAGCAGAAGCCACAGCCGAGAGGAAGGUGCUGUGUGUCCCCAGGCGAUGUCUUCCCUGGGAGACAGCAGAAGCCACAGCCGAGAGGAAGAUGCUGUGUGUCCCCAGGCGAUGUCUUCCCUGGGAGACAGCAGAAGCCACAGUGGAGAGGAAGGUGCUGUGUGUCCCCAGGCGAUGUCUUCCCUGGGGGGCAGCGGAAGCCACAGCCAAGAGGAAGGUGCUGUGUGUCCCCAGGGGAUAUCCUCCAUGGGGGGCAACAGAAGCCACAGCCAUGAAGAAGGCCAGGUUUGUCCCCAGGGCCCAGCGCCCCAGGGAGACAGCAGGAGCCACAGCCAGAAGAAAUGUCCAGUGAUGCCCCAGGAGAAGUACUCCAUGGACAGCAGCAAGAUCCCCAAACAAGAAAGUCCAGGGAGGCCCCAGGAGGCAGGUGCCUCGGAGUCCAGCACAAGUCAUGGUGUGAGAAAAAACCCAAAGAAACAGGAGCAAAAGGCCAAGCAACCAAAAGAGAAAAUAUCCUCAGAUUUUCAGCAGCAGCAGAAACCUGCUACACACUCCAAUCAAAAUUGUUGGCAGUGCCUGCGUUGUAAAGCAGUGAAUUUUACAUGGCGCAAGUCCUGCUAUAAAUGCAAGAAAGUCUGCAGGGCAGUUAAGAGUGGAGGCCCAGAUCCAGGACAAGCUCACUGAUUUCAGGAAGUUUUAUCUGUAGGGGCUCAUUUUUGUCUCUGAGCCACAUGGAAUUUGCCUGUUGCUGAAGAAUCCGAACCUAUCCCAUCUAGAAGAUCUUCCAAGAUCCUAAAGAAAUCACACUUCAUUUCUGAUUGACCUACACCUCAAUGAGACCCCCCGGCUGGAUGAAACUAAGAAGAAUAAGAAGUCAGGGAAGAAGAGAUGCUUUGGGACUUAUUAGAGGGAAAAGGGAUACAAAAUAAUUUUGUUAGGAUUUAAUUUCUCUGUUGAUAUGGAAUUAUUUCAGAAGUGUUGGGAGGGGUGAGUUUGCAGUGUUAAAUUCUAUAGAUGAUAGCAAAUUUGAUGGACUUCAUUUAAUUAAUCAAAUAGUUAUUGAUUGUCUAGUAUAUGAUAGGAGGUAGAAUUAUAUGGUAUUAUCUAGCGUACACAAAUCUUUUUGGUGAGAUGGGUUAGAUGACAGGGGAGAGCAUAAUUUGGGAUAUAUUAUAGAUUAGAGGUGACUUUGUUUUGCAUGUCAUGUGGUCUUUGGGUAAACCCAGUUGAAAUAGCAUCCAGAUAUUUCUGUAGUUCUGGGGGCAAGAUCAAAGACAUUUUUGUGGAUGGACUUGAUUUCCCAACUGUUCAUCUUGUUGGUCCCAGAUGACACAAAUGAGUAGUGGCAAAGAGCGGGAAAGUGUCCUCACAAAAGUUCAGGCAGGACUUUUCUGAUACUCUCCUGAUUUCCUCCCUCGAGAGGGACAACUAGUUUCCUGGUUGCCUGAAAGACCAGCCACCAUCCCAAGUCCCUUUCCAGCCAGUGGCUGAAGAA